CCGCCAUCGGGCGUCAGCCUGGCCCUCCCUAUGUUGGCCACGGUAGAGGCGGCGGCCGCAGGCAGGCCUUAUGCCUGCAGUGAGUGUGGCAAGAGCUUCCGCUACAGCUCGGUGCUGCUGCGGCAUGAGCGCGCCCACGGCGGCUGCUUCCGCUGCCUCGACUGCGGCGAGCGCUGUGCGCUGGCCGCCGACCUCCGCGCGCAUCGGCGCGCUCACGCAGGCCAGACGCUCUACAUUUGCAGCGAGUGCGGCCAGAGCUUUCGCCACAGCGGCCGCCUGGACCUGCACCAGAGCGCGCACAGGCGGCGCAGCUGCUCCUGCCCUUGCCGCACCUGCGGCCGCCGCUUCCCACACCUCCCAGCUCUGCAGCUGCACCGGCGCCGCCGGCACCCGCCAGAGCUGCCCCGUCGCUGCCCGCUGUGCACCCGCGCCUUCCGCCAGAGCGCGCUGCGCUUCCACCAGGCGCGGGCUCAUGGCUGCAGGAUACACGCCCCGCCCGCCGACCUGCUCCUGCGAUGUGCGCGGUGCCCGCGGGCCUUCAGCAGCAGCGCGGGGCUGCGGAGCCAUGCGCGCGUCCACGUGGCUCCGAGCCUCGGCAACCGCAUAGCCCCGCAGCCACGCGCCCCUGCUGUGCACCAGUGCGGGGAGUGUGGCAAGAGCUUCAGCAAGAGCUCCGCACUCAGGCGACACCUGCAGACGCAUUCGGGCGAGAAGCCCUUCAAGUGCCCCGAGUGCGGUAAAGGCUUCUUGGAGAGUGCCACGCUGGUGCGCCAUCAGCGCACGCACACCGGUGAGAAACCCUACGCCUGUGGCGACUGCGGACGCAGCUUCAGCGAGAGCUCCACACUGCUGCGCCACCGCCGCAGCCACCAGGGCGAGCGGCCGCACGCAUGUGCCACCUGCGGCAAGCGUUUUGGGCAGCGGUCCGACCUGGUGGUGCACCAGCGCAUCCACACGGGCGAGAAGCCCUUCCCGUGUCCGGAGUGUGGCCGUCGCUUCAGCGAUCGCUCGGACCUCACCAAGCACCGGCGCACGCACACGGGCGAGAAGCCCUACCGCUGCGAGUUGUGUGGCAAGCGCUUCACGUGCGUGUCCAACCUCAAUGUACACCGGCGCAAUCACGCCGGCCACAAGCCCCACAAGUGCCCCGAGUGUGGCAAGGCCUUCAGCGUGGGCUCCAAGCUGGCGCUGCACCGCAAGACGCACCUGGGCGAACGGCCAGUGCAGUGCGCAGAGUGUGGUAAAUGCUUCAGCCACAGCCGCUCGCUGUCGCAGCACCAGCGGGCACACACGCGUGCCCGAGCUGCCACCACCCAGGCCGCUGCAAGUGCUGCUCUAUUUGCUGGGCAGGCUGAGUAGGAAAAGCCGGGGCUUUGUGUCCCGUCUAAGGAGACUUGCUGAGAGGCUUCUCUGCUAAGGGCUAUGCAACCACCGAUAUCCUGCCGCAGCGACCGUAGACGGCAGCCUGCUUUAAAACGAAGUGAUCCGUAGCCUUCCUGCGUACCUGUGGGUAGCCUUGACCCAGCCACCUGCCACAUCCCUAUACCUACUUCCCUUACUGACCCUUCCUGUCCUUGGCCCUUGUGGUGUACUCCAGGGCCUCAGGAAAACCUUCCUCACUCCAGGUGUGGAAGAGCGCCCAGGUCCUGGUGCCGCAUGGCUGCCACUUCGUGCUCAGGUGUGUCUUUCCUUUUCUCCCGCCUGUGUUGUUUUCUCGGCUGAGAUCUCCUUCUUCCAGCCUGGGUCACUCUACCUCUCACUGGGUGCUCUGCAAUCCUGCCUUUCUGGUAGCAAGCAGACAUGGCUACAGUCACAUCCCAUUUGCCCUAUGGUCUUGCUUCCCAGCCCCACUGACUUGGUCUCUGCUGCUGUCUCCCUGGGCUUCUGAAAGAUGGGAAAUGGGCAGCCAGAAAGAUGAUGGGGUGCUUACUGCGGCAACCAGGUCUCCAGGCCAGGAACUGCUGGCCUGCUGCCUGCAGAGACGCCUCCAUGUGAAAGAGGGCAGGAGCCAUCAGCAUGGCCAUGCACUCACACCAUAGGCCAGGUCUUGUGGUGUCCAGAUCAAGGUGCCUUCUCAGACUCGUGUUCCAGCCAGGUGGGGGACAUCAGCCCCCAGACCUGGGCCAAGACCAUGUGGAUCCACAAAGCUGGGCACUGCCAAACGAGCAUCAGCAUGGUACUUCCAAAUGGAGCUUGGAGCCUUGGGGAAACGCCGCUCCAUAGGCAACAGGACAGGGUGUGCAAAUCCCCUGGAACUGGCCAGUGAUUUUUGGCUUAUGGCUUGUGAAAUAAAGAGUUUGUUUGAGCCCCAGAAA